AUGGGAAGAUCGAGAAGCCGUUCGCGUUCCCGAUCUCGUGAUCGAGAUCGAAAGCGAGAAAAGAAAGAGCGCAAGAGAUCAAGAUCCCGCGAGCGACGACGAUCGCGUUCUCGAGAUCGAGAACCUCGACGGGAUAGAGAUCGAAGUCGGGAAAGAGGAUCCAGAAGAGACAGAAGCCGAGAGCGAGAUCGAAAAGAUGACAAGAAGGAGUACGCUGCGCGAGGUCAUGAAAAAGAUUUCGCUAAAAAAGGGAAAGAGGGAGAGUCUCUGCGAAAGACGAAACGCAAGAACCCAAUCGUCUGGAUGGAAAUUGUCGCCAAGCAAAAAGUAGCGCCUUAUGCCGAAACUGCGUUGGGAAAAGUUGUGAUUCUCUUGCGAAAAGAUGUUGUGCCCAAAACAGCUGAGAAUUUUUUGCAGCUUUGUACUCAUAAGAAAGGAUACGGAUAUAAGAACUGCGUUUUCCACCGAAUCAUCCCUGGUUUCAUGUGCCAAGGAGGCGAUUUUACCAAUCACAACGGAACUGGCGGAAAAUCAAUUUACGGCGAAAAAUUCGAAGAUGAAAACUUCAAGCUCAAGCACACCGGCCCUGGCGUUCUGUCCAUGGCAAACUCGGGCGAAAAUACAAAUGGAAGUCAGUUCUUCAUCUGUACGGCUAAGACGCAUUGGCUGGACAACAAGCACGUCGUUUUCGGCCAUGUCCUUGAAGGAAUGGAGGUCGUCCGAAUGAUGGAAAAGGACGGCAGCCAGAGUGGCACAACCAAGCACUUGAUCAAGAUCAAAGACUGUGGCGAACUUGCCUAA